AUGGCACUGACCGACCCUCUCACUCAAUCCAGCACUCAGUCCUGUCUGAAAAGCGGAGGCGAGUGCAGCGGCUGUGGAAGCGCCUGUGCGGCCCAGAGGCCUGUGGGGACUGACAGGGAGGAGCGCAUGGGUUUCUCGCUGUGUCUGGCGCCAUCGGCUGUGGGACAUGCGGACGCGGGAGAGGGGCUUUGGCUCAGGGGCCGCGCCAAAACAGGAGCGGUGGUCGGUCUCUACCCCGGCAUCAUAUACACCCGAUCCCAUUACAGGGAGAUGCCAGGCUACCCCAAGGUGGACAGGGAGUCAGACUUCUUGAUCUCCCGCUUUGAUGGGGCCAUUCUGGAUGCAAAGCCGUGGGGCCGAGGGGCGCUCGAAGAGCCUCAGAGCGCUGAGUCACUUGGUUACAGGGACGGCCUGGCAGACGCUCUGACGCAGCUGCACGUGUUGGAGAGGAGGCAUCCUUUCAGCCUGGCGCACUAUGCGAACCACCCGCCAGCUGGGCGCCGGCCAAACAUCAUGAUCGCUGCCUAUGAUUUUCAGAAUUGCAGAGAUGGCACGAGGAGGUAUAUACCCAAUGCCAUGUUUGGCAGUCCCCGUGCCAGUCCUGGAUUGACAGGUGCAGAGGAAAUACCGAUGGAUGACAGGCCCCUGCUGUGCCUGGCAUUGGUGGCCACCAGGGAGAUAGAGGAUGAGGAGCUGCUGCUCAAUUACAGGCUGAGCCCUGGGCUGGCAAGACCGUCAUGGUACACUGCAGUAGACGAGGCAGAGGACUCAAGGCGAUGGUCUUGA